AUGUACAGCAACAUUAAUUACCGAAGUUCAAACAUCCUUUACAGGAUAACAUUACGGCCAAUACGUUUGUUAAUGUUUAUGAUCGGAGCUCUGCCUUAUGAGUUUCAACAUGAGCAAAAAUGUUCAUGGCUUGUAUUUAUUUGGCGACUUAUACACUUUACAUUCGUCGCUAUCUUCUUGGUAUGGAUUUCAAUUUUACGUUUUUUAAGUUUUCACGAAGUUUUGUACAAAGAAAAUGAUAUGUUUUCAAUUAGCAUGGAUAUGUUAAGCUAUUCCUCUUUAAUCAUUGUACAUAUGGUAAUAUAUUGGGAGAAUACAUGGAAAGCCUGGCAAUAUAAGGAAAUCUUUGAUAAUUUUGAAUUAUUACGUACAAAAUUUAAAUGUGAAUUUCAAAGAUCUAUAGAUAUGGGUCGUAUACGUUUAUAUGCUGUUCUUUUGUAUACCCUACUGGCGGUAUAUAUGAUUAUUGUAUUGUUUAUUAUAUUUAUACGUUAUAUAAAAUCAUUAAAUGGGUUUCGUUUAAUACUUCUACAGUAUGGUGACACAAUACUUAAAUUGAAAUUAAUCGAAUUCUCUAUAUUCGUUGUAAUAGUUAUGGCUUUUGAAAUGGAAUUGAAUUGUUAUCUUGAACACUAUAUUAAGGAAAUACGAAGAUGUCAAUUUUCCGAUUGGCCUGUAAAGCGAGAACUCUUCGAACAAAUAUAUAUCUUACAAGAUUUGCAUAAUAUUCUAAUAGUGAAUGUUCGUUAUAUUGAGGAAUAUUGUUGCUGGAGUUUACCCGGUUUAUUUUUGAAAAUGUUUUUCGAAUUUACCAUAACAGCAUAUUGGAUCUAUUUCAGUUACGAUUUUAAUAUACCUGCAAUAUUUCAGUCGUAUGGUUAUAGUGUAAAUACUUUAAAUUUGAUUAUAUUAUUUGUUAUUUGUAGCAUUGGCUCGAAAUGUGAAAUGCUGGAUAAACAAUUGACUAAUAUGUUACAUAUGAUCAAAUACGAACGCUAUGAUCCCUUCUUGAAUGCUUGUUUAAAUGAAAUCUCAUUGCAAAUGUUGCAUCAAAAACUCUACUUUACUGCUGGUGGUUUUGUCGAUGUAAAUUAUUCAUUUAUGGGAAAGUAUAUAUUUUCAGCUAUUUGUUAUAUAGUAAUUUUAAUACAAUUUCACAUGUCCGUAUAA